UCUGCGCUCUCGCCUAUUGCAUAAAUGAAGCCAGCAGCGAGGGUCGCGUGGUCUGCUACUAUACCAAUUGGAGUGUCUAUCGGCCAGGCACUGCCAAAUUCAAUCCGCAGAACAUAAAUCCAUACCUGUGUACACAUUUGGUGUACGCGUUCGGUGGAUUCACCAAGGAUAACCAAAUGAAGCCCUUUGACAAGUACCAGGACAUCGAGCAGGGUGGCUAUGCCAAGUUCACUGGACUCAAAACGUACAACAAGCAGCUGAAGACGAUGAUUGCCAUUGGCGGAUGGAACGAGGCGAGCUCCAGAUUCUCACCAUUGGUAGCGAGCAAUGAGCGUCGGCAGCAGUUCAUCAAGAACAUCCUGAAAUUCCUGCGACAGAAUCAUUUCGAUGGCAUCGAUCUGGACUGGGAGUAUCCCGCCCAUCGCGAGGGCGGCAAGUCCCGGGAUCGCGAUAACUACGCCCAGUUUGUCCAGGAGCUGAGGGCCGAAUUCGAAAGGGAAGCGGAGAAGACCGGACGCACUCGUCUGCUGUUGACCAUGGCAGUGCCUGCUGGCAUCGAGUACAUUGACAAGGGCUACGACGUGCCCAAGUUGAACAAGUAUCUGGAUUGGUUCAAUGUGCUGACCUACGAUUUCCACUCCUCGCACGAGCCAUCGGUUAACCAUCACGCUCCGCUCUAUUCGCUGGAGGAGGACUCCGAGUACAACUACGAUGCCGAGUUGAAUAUUGACUACUCCAUCAAGUACUAUCUGAAAGCGGGUGCAGAUCGUGACAAGCUUGUUCUGGGCAUACCCACCUAUGGCCGAUCCUAUACGCUGAUCAACGAGGAGAGCACCGAGCUGGGAGCACCGGCAGAGGGUCCGGGCGAGCAGGGUGAUGCCACCAGGGAGAAGGGAUACCUGGCCUACUAUGAGAUCUGCCAGACGCUCAAGGACGACCCCGAGUGGACUGUGGUGCAGCCGAAUGCCAAUGUCAUGGGUCCCUAUGCCUACAGGCGCAACCAGUGGGUGGGCUACGACGACGAGGCCAUCGUGCGCAAGAAGGCCGAGUAUGUGGUGGCCCAGGGACUGGGUGGCAUUAUGUUCUGGGCCAUCGACAACGAUGAUUUCCGCGGCACCUGCAACGGCAAGCCAUAUCCCCUUAUCGAGGCUGCCAAGGAAGCCAUGGUGGAGGCAUUGGGACUGGGCAUCAACGAGGUGGCCAAGCCAAGUGGACCACAGAAGCCAUCCAGAUCUCGCAGUCGCGACAAUGCCAACACCAGGAACCGUCUCAAUGGCAAGACCGAAGCUCCAGCCAGCUCCAGGAGACCCAGUGCCACCAGAAGGCCAACUGUCAGCUCCACCCAGCCACCGCCGCCAAGCACAACCUUCAAACUGACCGAAGCCGAGGGAUCCUCGCUCUACAUUGGAGGCAGGGCAUCCACAACGCCGCCACCACCGACGACUCCCGAUCCAGGUUCGGACUUCAAGUGCGAGGAGGAGGGCUUCUUCCAGCAUCCGAGGGACUGCAAGAAGUACUAUUGGUGCCUGGAUAGUGGACCGUCUGGCCUGGGAAUCGUGGCUCACAUGUUCACUUGUCCAUCGGGACUUUACUUUAAUCCCGCUGCCGAUUCCUGCGACUUUGCUCGCAAUGUGCCCUGCAAGACCAAAAAAUCCACAACGGCGGCACCAGUGACCUCCACAACCCCGACAACCACCACAGUGCGUUCCAAUCGAGUGACGGCUGCUCCCACGGCUCGUCCAGUAUAUCCGCGAACCACCACCACCACCACAAGCACCACGACCACCACAACGACUACUCCGGCCACUGUCGAUGAAGAUCUCGAGUAUGAAGAGGACACCGAUGAGUUGUCGCCAAGCAAAUCCACCGAUGCUGAAGAGGAUCCACAGGUGAUCAAGGAACUGAUUGAUUUGAUUCGCAAAGUGGGUGGUGUGGAGCAGCUGGAGAAGCAUCUGUUGCGGAACAAGGAUGGAUCGAUUACAUUGAAGGAAAAUUCUGCCACUGGUGCAGCCACUACUCCGUCAACUAUAAGCAAAUCUCUGUAUGAUCGUGUGCUGAGUCGACCUGGAACAUUGAAUUCCUUCAGCCGCAAUCGUUUCAAGAUCAGCGAUGCCACAGAAACAAGCACAGAAGCCACAGUUUCGAGUAGUUCGUCAAAGUCGCCUUCGACUCUCACCUCCAACAGCAACUCCAAAUAUUCGUCAGUUCUGCGGGGCAACAGUCGCCAAGGUCCACAGAACGAGGGCAUUGAAAAGUUGGCUGAGUUCGAUGGCUUCCUGAAGGAACGCAAGCAAUAUGUGACCAUUAAUCGCCAUCGAUCUGCGAGUCAGGGAGAUGACGAGGAGCUGGCAGAUCAGCAGGAAGAGGAGGAGAACUUGGCCGAAGUUCAGACAACCACCCGUCGUCCUUUGAGCUCCAUCACUCCGUCUUACACAAGUCUUAGACGCUCAAGACCCACCACAGUGGCACCGCCAGCAGAAGAAUCCAACGUCGAGGCAGAGCAACAUACCCAGACACAAGUGAAAUCCUAUGCCACCUUGAGUCGCACUCGUGGACGCACCACGGCAUCACCAGAAGUCACGGAAGCGGCGCCCAGUUCGACAACCAAUCGGUACAAAUACUUUGAGCGUACACGACCCACUAAGAGUGCCACUGCCGAUGAUGCCGAAGAUGCCACAGAAGACGAAGAGGAAGAGUACGAGGACGAGCAAAAGGAUAUUGUUACGGUACAGAGCAAACAAUCCACAAACACACGUAAAUAUGCGAGCAUCGGCCGCAGAACAACCACCACCACAACAGCAACACCAGAAACUACAACUACAACAACAACCGCCGGCACUGAGACUGCCAAGGCCAGCACCACCACCACCAACAACAACAACAACAACCACUACAACAGCAGCAAUAACAACAACAAUGCGAAACUGAAUAACCAAAUACCAACAGAAGAGAACCUCUCAACAACACCCAGCACCACCGCCCAAUCCGAAACCACCACCACCACAACUAACGAAACCACUGAACCAAAUGAAAGCACCUCAACCACCACCACGUCCAUAACUAAUAACCUGCAUACCAUCACCACCACCACCACCACCAACACCACACCCACACCCACACCGAUUGUAGCAUCCACAGUCCCAACAACAGCCGCCAAUGGCAUUAGCUCAGACUCUCUGCUAGCCACCGAGUUGAGCGAGGCCUCACCCACCCACCUUUCUCCCAGUCCUGACUUAGAAACAUCAACACCGACAACAACAACCACAACAACAACGGAACCCGAACUGGACACCACAACAACGACACCGAAAACAACACCAACAACAGCGACAACAACCACCACAACGGGCAACAACGAACUAAAUGACGUUAACAACGUGGACGAGGACAGCGAGGUAACGAAAACCAAGACCCAAUACAAGUAUGCAACCACCAACCGUCGACGCAUAACCACAACAACAACAACCACCACCAAGAACAGCAACAACAACAACAACAAUGCAGAAGCUGCGAACGAUGCUAGUCCAACAAGAAACGGUUUGAGUAGUUUAAAUAGCAUUAGAACCAACCCGGGCAGAAGGCAACCCCAAACAGAGCAGACCCAAACCACAACCUCCGAACCAAACCUCUCUAGUCCCAGACCCUUUGGUUAUCCCCGACGUCGCACACGACCCACAGCUAGCACCACAACCAGCACUGUACCCCAAACUGAUAAUGAUAAUGAUAAUGAUAACAAUACCGAUAAUAACGUAAACGAAACCGAUGCAGUUGCGCAAGUAGUGAAGAAGACACGACUAUCUCCAGGGGAUAGGCCCAAGGUGAGUGCCAGUCUUCCAACAGCAACCGCAAUCAACACACGUACCAAAACCUCCUCUCUGCACCACCAAGAAUCCCACGUAGACGUAGCUGGUAACGGUGGCAAUGAUAGUAGCUUAAGGCAUGAUGUAGUUAGCUCUAGUUUAAGUCAAACCCAAUCCCAAUCCAACAAAAUCGAUACCGACAGCCCACCCAGUACCACCCAGCAGCAUACCAAGUACAUUUGGCGUGGGGUGCGUGAUCCUGGAUCGCGGCGUACACUGAUUCCCAAUUCUUUAGCGGGAGACGACAAGGACUCCCGACGCUUUGCCGGCAAGCAGUUGAGCACCGAAUCAAUUGUGGAAGAGGAGGAGCUGCAAACCACCACCAAGUUCCGCAGUCGUCGCCUAAAUUCCGCCGAAGUUGAGUCCGAGGUGGCUCUCGAGGAGGCAACAGCUACGCCAUCGCACGGUUCCCGCAGCUACCAAAGCAUCCAACGCUCCGCCAGUAAGGCAAGCAUCGAUGACUCCCAAAUCCACUACAAAGCCAUCACUCGCGAUUCCGUGGGCGGUGCUCAUCUCACCGCGGGACGCAGUUCCAGCUUUGUACGGCAUGUCGGCGAAGCAGCCAAACCAACUGCACCACGCCAACCCAUUAGCAGAGGUGGACAGAUUGUGGAGAGCACCACCGAAGAUGAAAAUGUGGCUGCCGAAAUAAUCGAUGACGAGAAGAGGGGAGAGACGAAGGCACCUGCCGGCAGCGAGAAUACUGAUGACAGCAACACGGCAACCGAACAGGAAUCUCCCGAAAUUGCCACUGAAGCUGCACCACCGCAGUCCGAGAUUUCCACUUUGCCAUCAGAAGCUUCAGAUGUUAGCAGUUCUUCGGAAGCAUCUGUAAGCAGCACCACUGAAGAAAGCAUCAGCAGCACUGAAGAAGCCAAACAAUUAACUUCAGAGAAUGAUAACGAAGAAUCAUCAACGGAGAUCAGCUCCUCUGAAGCCCCAGUUAGCAGCACAACCGUACAAUCUGCAGGCACUGAAACUAAUUCAGAAGCCAGUGAUAAGGAAAUCGCCUUGAAUAUCAGCGCUGGAUCCAGUGAAGCUCCUGCAAGCAGUACAGAAUUUGUGGAAAUCAGUACCACAACUAGCACUCCAGUGAUUCUCCCAGAAGACUCAUCGACAACAACAGGAAAGCCCAUUCGACGUCCAAUUAACCGCUUUAGCUCAACCACUCCAGCAGCUGUGCCAGAAGAAGAAACCACCUCCACUGUAAACCCAAGACGUCGGGUUAUCGUGCGCACCAGAACCAGCACCACCGAGGCAGAAAGUGAGGCUCAGACAACCACGGAAGGACCAAGACGACGCAGUUUCUACAGAACCAGCACCACAGCAGCACCAAGCAGCUCCACUGAAGCUGACAGUGAAGCAAAGGUAUCUACCGAGGGUCCAACUCGUCGUUCUUUCUCUAGAACUAGAUCCACUGAAGCAGCUAUUAGCAGCACCACUGAAGCAGCUAGCAGCACCACUGAAGCAGAAACUGAAGUCGAGACAACCACCGAGGGUCCUACGCGUCGUUCGUUCUUCAGAAGUAGCACCACUGGGGCGCCUAGUAGCACCACUGAAGAAAUCAAGUCGGCACCAAGCUCGACAGAAGCCACAACCACAACAACUGCAGAAGACGCCGAUGUUAGUAGCUCCACCAGGCGCAGUUUCUUCCGCACCAGCACCACCACAGAAGGCACAACAAGUACUGCAGAAGCGGAAAAGGACAUUGGACACGAGAGUGAGACGACCACUGCAUUGCCAAGACGUCGAGUUGUAGUCAGAGGCAACUUCAGGGCACGCAAGGAGGAAGAUCUCUCCUCUCUGCUAGCGGCAGAUGCCAACAAGCGGGCCAGAAACCACCACAGCACUACGAGCACAGAAACACCUGACAGGCAAUCGCCUACAUCUCGUGAGGAAGAUGCAGAGACGCAACAACCACAAGCUGAGGAGAAGACAACCACUGGUCGGGCCUCCUUGAAUGCCGUUCGAAACCGCACCACCACAAAAACCGAAAGCCUAGGCAACGGAAUCACCCGCACUCGCACCACCUACGUACGCACUCUGGACGCUGGCCAAAAGGUGGUGAAGCGCAUCCACACCAAAACCAUAGAGGAGAAACCCGCGGAGUAUGAGUACAUUACCGAUGAAGUGACCCAUCCACCACCGCCGAGCACCACGCCGCGCACCGUGACCCGCAAUCGUGGAUCCGUGCGCUUCCAGAGCAACGAUCUGUCCUCGCUGCUGGCCCUGGACUUUGCCUCACGCAACAAUCGCAAGAAGCAGGCCCAAACGGAGACAACGGUUACCAAAACGCGAAGACGCCUGCUUAAGAAGCCCAAGGAAACCAUCGAACACGAGGAGGUGGAGGAAUUCGAGUAUGAAGCCGGUCAGGAAGCCGGCAACGAAGUGGAGGAGGCGCCACGUGUGAGCACCACAGCCAGGACCAUAAUCCGCAGAACUAGACCGACAACUGCCAGAACCACCACGGAAACUGUAACAAAUAUCGAGGCUAGCACCCGCAGGGCAAGCUUCGCUUUCAAGCGUCCCACCAAAGCUAGCACAACCACCGAGGAACCAACAACAACCUCAACUGAAGCCACGACAUCAUCAGAAGCUACCACAAGGAGGGUGCUCGCCUUCAGAAGACCAGUGAGCACGACCACAGAGAGCUCACCAAGCUCAACGGAAGAUGAGUCAACUGAGGAGGCAACUGCUGCCCCCGUUGAAGCCACCACCAGGAGAGUUCUUACCUUUAAGAGACCCGUCAGCACUACAACCACACCAGCUUCAAUUGAAAAGUCCACCGAUGAAUCCACUCCUGCUUCCUUGGAAGCCACCACCAGGAGAGUUCUCGCUUACAGAAGGCCCGUGAGCACAACAACUACCACACCAGUUCCUGUUGAAGAUGAGACUUCAAAAGAUCAGUUGGCAGCGACCAAGCAAAAGUUUAUCAAUCGCCUCAAAUCCAGCACCACCACGACAACAUCAACCCCUGAAACAACCACCACCGAGGAAGACUUAAGCGAUCUUAAAGUACAGCUGAGCAAUGCCAUAAACCGUUUGCAAACGGAGAAUAAGCUGGAAGCCCAGCCAAUCACCAAGGAAAGUGAAGCCACCGAAGAUGAAGGCGAUGAUAAGCUUUCCUUGCCCAUUUACCACAGAAGGAAGUACUAUCAGUAUGUGAAGGAUUCGCCAAUUACCUAUAUCGACAAGUCGCCCGCACCACCGGAUAUCGAAAGUGUGACUGUGAACAUUAAGCAGCAAAUUCACGAUGUGUUCAAUGUGAGUGAGAAUGAGACGCCACUGAAUUCUCUGGGCGAUGACGGAGAGACCGAGGAGCAUCGCGAGGCGAUGGCGCAGGCCAAGGAAAUCAAUGCCGAACUCGGUCAUUUUUUAUUGAAAACCCCCGGGUCAAAAGCCAAAUCCCAGCGACAGGGAAAAACAUUCAAAACAAUACCACUAGCCACGGACUCGAGCAAUGAGACCUCCAAGAUAGUAAGCCUUUCGCUGCUGGAAGAGAAGGCAAGAGGCGAAGAAGAAGCCAGGGCUUUACGCACCUACACCAGAUUGAACCGCACCCGCUUGACCCUGUCCACCAGGUUGCCGGAAAAGACCCCCAAUGAACCACUAGACACCACGACCAGAAGGAGCUACAGCGUUCCACAGCGCUUCCGUCUGCGCUCCACAACGCCCACACCUUCGAAAGCAGAAAACAGUGAAGAAGUCGAGGACGAUGAGGAAACUAAGGACAAUGAAGGACCUUCGCCCAGCACAACAACUGUGACACCAUCCAUCAAAAUACCCACACGAAGGCUCUUUACAGCUAGAAGGCCCGUUAGUGCUGUACAGGAAUCCGCUUCUUCUGAUAUCCGUAAAGACAAUGAAGAAGAGCUAAAGGUGGAAUCAACCACAAGACGCCUCUAUGCCGGCAUAAAUAGGUUGAGAGGCAGGGGAAGCACCACCACAACCACCACAACCACCGAGGAAGCAACUGAUUCAACCACCGAAGCAGCAACCACAACAGCCAAAAGUACACGGCAACCUUAUGUGGGCAUUAGUCGCAGAGUAACAACCACAACGACCACUGAGAAGUCAGCGGAAAGUAGUACUGAAUCUAAUGGCAAUGCAGAUGAAGAUACGGAGUCCACCACUAUAACUCCUGAACAGGAGGUAAGCGAUGAUGCUGAAGGAUCUAAGGUUGCCAUCAAAGAAACAGAAGACCCAGUGGGCGAGAAAGCUCCCGCAGAGGCUGAAGUCGACAGCACUGAGGAACCCGAGCUGGAAGCUGAUAUAGACGAUGACAAUGAAAUCCCCCUGGAAGAAAGCGGACCCAAAACAGAAACCACAUCAACCACAACGACAACAACCACAAGUAAACCAGCAAGCACCACCUCACGUCGUCAGUUGGUAAUUCGUCGCCGUUUUAAUGGCACCAUAACGACAACCACCACGGUUGCCCCCGUGGCCGAUGACAAUCUGGAGAACGAGAUCGAUCCAAAUGAUACGGAGAGCUCAACACCAAAAGCGGCAACUACAACUCCCCCAAGGCGGCAACUUUUAGUACGCCGACGCUUCAAUGCGACCACCAGUUCAACAACAACAACAACGACCACGGCAAAUCCUAUUGCCGACAAUGAAAUAGAUCAGGGCGGCGAGCCAACAAGUACAACGCGUCGAGCGAUUCUGUCACGUCGGCGAUUUAAUGCGACUGCCACCAGCACAACAACAACCACGCCGGGAUCAACGAACGGCGAUGAGAUAAGCACACGACGUCCGUACGCGGCCUUGAACCGCUCACGUAAUCGCUUUACAACACCGCGAACCACAACCACCGCCGACGCUGCGCAGGAGGACGAUGGCGAUGAUGAUGGCGAUGAUGAUGAUGAUGAGGAAGAGAGGAAGCAGCCGGCACCGCCACGAGCUGUCUUCCUUCAAACAAACCGCCAUCGCGCUCUGAAACCCACCCCCGAAGAAGAGGAAGAGGCUGCAGCUGCGCUGCCAGCACGUAAGCCACCCAACUUUGCCGCCCGCCGCACCACCGCCGCACCACUGCGAGUUAGCUCCAGUACGCGCCGCAAUCUGGUGGCAAUCAAUAGAAAUCUCUACCACCGCGCGGAAGAAUAUGACGAGGAGCAGCCCGACGAGGAGUACGACGAGAACGAGGAUGAUGGGGCUGAUGAUCAGGAGGAAGCUGUAGAUCCACAAGUCACAAGCACCACAGCACGUUCACGACUCAGUCAACUGCUGGCCAACCGGCAAAGACAGCCACUCAGGACAAGCACUCAAAAACCACUUCCGACAGGGACAGAUAUAACCGAUACAGAAACUGACGCGGACAACGAAGAUGAUGAAGAUGGCGAUGGCGAUAGCUCCGCCGAGGUAUCGAACAGUAACCACACACUAAACCACACGAAUACUUUGGGGGGUGGCACCACUAACCCUAACAAUCUCACUAACCGUAGCACCGCACUGAAUGUAGCUAGUCAACGUAGUAACAGCACCGUAGCCAAUUAUAUUAAUCGAUUCAAGUCAAACAGUUACACAAACAAAUACAAACCAGUCACAGUCACAGCUAAUGUUAAGCCAGAUAGUCUAGAUAAAGAUAAUCAUAAUGAUAACGAUAAUGAUGGAGAUAAUGAUGAUGAUGAUGAUGAUAACGAUGAUGAUCAUGAUGCUAGUCUAGUGAAUGAGGGGGAGGAGAAGACGAGUGGGGCUGGUUUGAAUGCCUUAGGUAAUGAUGUUAAUUCCACACGACGCUUUCAGAAUCGUUAUCAAUUGAGCCGCACCAGAGGCAGCACCACCAACACCACCCCAACAACAACAGCAACAACAACAACAACACAACAACAACCCCAAACAACAACAACCACCGCCAGACGAUUGACGUUUGGGGGCCGUCAGCGCGCCCAGGUAACUAAACUAACCCUAGUCGAUGAGCAGACUGAAGAGACCGAGACUAAGGGUGAUGCCCGCGAAGAGGAGCACGAUGUGGAGGAGGAGGAGGAAGAAGGCUCCAACGCAACCACCACAACAAGCACAACCACCAGCAGACCCACACCGAAGCGCAUACGUGUGCUUAAAUUCCGCAGACCCUUGAAUAGCAAUAGCAAUAGUACCACCACCAAUGUAGAUAGCACCACUAAUAGCGCCACUGACACUAACCCAGACACCACCACCACCACCACCACAGCCACACCAACAACAGCAGGUCAAAGCACCACCACCAGCAACACCAGCGACAACAGCAACACCACAAGCACCACCGGCAAUAAGCGUUUCCGCAAGAUUGUUCGCAAACUGAGGCCUGUGGACUCAAGUACUGCGGCCAGUGUGGACAAUUCCGAUGAAACCACCCGUAAACCUUUCGUUCCCAGCCACACCAGAUUUGCGGAUCAGGAUAACGACCUUGUCAAUCUGCGCCAGCGCAUCAAGGAGCAGCAAGCACGAGGUGAGCCGCAGGAUGGAGUCAUUAGCAAUCGAUUCAAGACCCUGGGCCAAAAGGACGAUCAGGAUGUGUCGGAGUUGCAAAAGUUGAGGGACAAGGUAAAGGCGGAGCAGGCGAGGGGCGAAGGUGAACGGGGCGUGAUCAACGAUCGUCUGAAGAAGCUUCUGGCCGAGAAGAACUCGAGCAUCUCUAGCCAAAGAGAAGAAUCCUCCACUGAUGACGACUCUUCGUCGGUUUCCUCGGCCAGACCCUUCUUCAAACGAAAACUGGUGGCACGCAGACCCUACACACCACCCUCGGCCAGUGGCGGCACCACAAGGGCCCCACUGACAUUCAGCACCACCCGACCCACGGCCAAGUUCGUGCGCAGGAAGAACGGAAGAUUCGAUCCCUUCAACUCGAGUGUGCGCAAUCGUGGCGAGGGCUUUGUGAGAAGUGAUCCGCGAGGAUCCCGCUUGCCUGGAGCCGAUCGCUUCAAGUCUCAGGGCAAUAACGAGGAUGAUGAUGAAGUGGAAGAGCGACACGAGCAACCACUGCAGAAUCAGUUUGCAACCACUUUGCGCCGACCUUUUGUCCCGAAGACGCGACCGAUCUUGGAGAAGGCCAAGCCUCAGCAAGAGGAAGAUGGAGCGGAAGACAGCGAGGAGGAUUCCGAGGAGGAGGAUUCCGAGGAAGAGGGAGGCGAAGAAGAGGACGAAGAAGAAGAGGAGGAGAAGGAAAAGGAAAAGCCAGAGGUGGAGGAGGAGAGUCCGCAAGAGGAUAGCAAGCCGACGAUCAAUUCCCUUUACAAACCCAAGGAUAAUCGAGCUCCACCGGGCAGUCGUCCCACAUUUGGAGCCACCGGAAGUGGAUCACCACCCACCGCAUCCGGAAAUGUACCCUUCAAUCCCCGCAAUCGCCCAUCAAGCGCGGCCAAUGCAAACAACACGCCAUCCAACCGCUUUGGCACCACCAAGCGACCCCGUGUCGUUAACCGACCGCCGGGCGUGGCUUCACCCAACUUGACCUUGAAGCCGGUGGCCAGUGAUUACGAGCGCACCACACCGCUGACGCCACUGAAACCGGCGCCAUUUAUACCCAGCAAUAAUAGGAGUUACGAGAGGAAGUACUCGGGUCCGUCCACAGAGGCCGCGGAGACGUCCAGCGAGAAUUCGCUGAUAGAAGAUUUGAAUAUCGACGCGCUGAAUGCGAGAAACAAGAAGAUCUUCGACAAACACAGUAAGAAGCAUCCGGCUCUGAAGCCCAAGGUGGUUAAGGUGGAAUCCGAGACGGGAUUGGAGGUGGAAACCGGUACGGAGGUGGCGGUGGAGGAGGAAACCACCGAGGAGCAGCAGCAGGAGCAGGGCUUUGUGACCACCACACCCAGUACACCACCACCAUCACCACCAUCACCACCAGCACCACCCAGCACACAGUCAGACACACCAGCCACCACCACAGACACGCCACCAGAAACUGAAACCGAAACUGAAACAGAAAAAGAACCUGAAACAGAACCUGACACAGAACCUGAAACAGAAAUUGAAACAGCACCUGAAACAGAAACAGAAAUUGAAACUGAAACUGAAAAUGUAACCGAAAUUGAAACAGCGACCAAUGCUAAUGAAGCCACUUCCGUCAAUUCACAGGACCAAACCAUCUCGAGCACAACUCAAGCACCACCGCCGGCCACCACCUUGUUGCAUGUGUUCACCCUCCUCGAGGGCGAGGGCCAAGAGGAGGAGCCCACGACCAAGAAGCCAACGGUUCGCCUCUAUCCCACCAUACAAACGGAGGUGGUGCCCAAGCACAAGUUAGUCGAGAUCAAUCGCAUUGUCGAGAUCAAUUCCAAACAGGCCAAGGCAUCGCAAAGGAAAUCCAAGGCGAAUAAUGACUUUGGCAUCCUGAUGGUGGAGUCCCUGCCCCACGUGGAGCAGCUGGGCGAGAUCAGUGUGGUGAAAUAUGUCCACUUGGUGGACGGCAGUGACAUUCAGAUCAACGAUGGGCACAGCACAGUGGCCGACUACACGCCCACCGAACCCACAUCAGCGGCUCAAAGUCCUGUCUCCCAGCCCGUGCGCAAUUCGCUGCCAGAAACCGAAGGUGGCGACACCGAUCGCAGUGGCAAGUCGUUGGUGCCUGAAGUUCUGACUGCCGCUUUGGAGACCUCGACCAUUUCGCUGGAGGGACUUUUCGAUUCGGCGAGAAAGGGCAAGCAACUGAGCAGCAAUACAAUCAUUGGCGAAACGGAGGAGAGCACCACAUUUGGCAGCAUUAGCAGUACUUCGGCCACCGAAAGUACUUCCACCGGGGAGACCACCACACCGGCACCCACUUACCUGCGACAACCAGCGACUGGCAGCGUUUCGCGCCGACCGGUGUUGAGUGUCCGCCGGCGGAUUAUCAACUCGCCGACGUUGGCAGCGGUUGAAGCCACCACCACGCAGCAGCCAGCAGCAGAACCACCGACGACGACGACGACCUCCAAAUACAGCCGACUGCGCAGCAGACCCUCCGCAACAGCAGCAGCAGCAACAGCAGCAGCAGCGGCGGGAGCAGCAACAACGACCACUGCAGCAGCAACAACAGCUUUCCCAGCGGCAGCAACAUCUGCUCCCGGUGGCAGAACCACCAGCAACAUUUACCUGAGCAAACUGAAAGCCAAGAGCGGUGCCGCAGCAGCAGCAGCAGCAGCAGCCGCAGCAUCCGGUGAGGCAGCAACACUGACGCCAGCAACAAGCAACAUCAGCACCAGCAGCAGCAGCAGCAACAGCAAUGACAUCACACAAAAGCAACACAAGUUCCAGCCCGCCAGCUUCGCUCUGCGCCGCCAAUUUCAAACGCGUCGACUGACAACCUUCGCGCCGGCGGCCAACGGCGAUGAAAGUGCCACCGAGGUGCCCCGUACCCAGAACCCUCUGUUCAAGCGCCGCCUCACCCUGAUAUCCACCACGCCGCCGUCCGCACGCACCACGAACCCACCAGUUGCGGGCCUGGAAACCACCACCACGCUGUAUUUGAACGACGACGACGAGGAUCAGGUGGCCAAGUCGAGCAUUCACACGAGCCGCUUCAACCAGAUACCGGAGCAAGUGCGUCCGAGCGAGGAAUACGACUUGGCACUGCCACCGCAGCCACUGAAGAGCACCAGCACCACGGCUAGCACCACUGUCAAUGCACCACUACCACUCAUUGGCCAGGGCAUCCGCCGCCAGUUGAUCCCACGUCCUCGUAGGCCGCAAUCGACCACAUCUACGCCCGCCACCACGGCCACUUUGGGUACAUCUUUGAGGUCGACCACGCCGGCUGGGCACUCGGCUCCACCGCUCUCCCGUCGCCAGCAGAGUCGUCGUCGUCCGCACAAAUACAUCGAGGUCUACAGUCGUCCGCCGGCCAAGACUGCCGUAGUCUCGGCCACCUCAAGUAGUCAGUUUCUGGACGAGGAACUACCAGUGGGCCCAAGUCAGGUGGCCCAACGGCGACGCAGUGGCAGUAUUCUGCCGGCCAAAAGCGAUCCCAAGGUGAUCGUACAUGGCCAUGGCAUCAUUGAGUGUCGGGCACAAGGAAAUUUCCCGCAUCCCCUGAACUGCAGGAAGUUCAUAUCCUGCGCCCGAUUCGAGGAGACCGGCGGAAUCGUCGGUUGGGAGUACACAUGUCCCAAGGGACUCACCUACGACGGCGUCGGCGGCAUGUGCACCUGGUCGCCCUCGGAUCAGCCCUGCCGCGAUUAGACUGAUUAACAAAAAAAAAAAAAUAAACAAAAAACCCAGCCCUAAAUAAGCCACUAAAUCCAUUGAACCGAACUCAUCUGGAGACCCAUUCGCCUUGAUAGAAAGACAUUCAUUCCCAUUGCACCCCGUGUUGUAUAUGAUUUUUCCAAUUUGUGAUUAGUUCUGAUGAGGAGGUUGUUGAAAUCGAGACGAUGCAUACGCGUAUGAUGUGCGAGGCAAGUUGAAAUUCUACGUUAAUUAUUCUUAUUUAAGCUUAGUGAUAUCUCAACCCAAUUUUUUUGCGCCUGCCAACUCAGUAGUAAGCAAGAAACAUUGUCCGUAGUUCACCGUCCCAUAUAUAUAGCGCCAUAUCUAUGUAUGUACGCUAUAUACCAUAAUGGAUAGUAUGCUUUCUUUAUCAAAUAAACAUAUCAUGUAAUCCAAAUGUUUGUCGUGUGUUCUGUAU